AUGGCUAGCCCUCCAGUACUAGCCUUCGAUGCUGAGGGGCGCCCAUUGAAGUUCGACACCUGGCUUGAUGACCUACACCUCUUCCUACAGCUCACUGCCAAGGAAGACAUCUCGCUGUACGAUCACGCCCUAGGCCACGCUACUGCUCCUGCUGCUACUGCCGACAGCACUGCUCGCUCACAGUGGCAGACUCGUGACGCCCAUGCUCGCUUCGCUAUCCGCAACUCUCUGCCGAUAGAUGAGCGCGAGCACUUUGGGCAGCACAAGACUGCACAGGCACUAUACACUGCUGUCGUUGCCCGCUACUCCUCACCGGCCUCUGCUGCUCUAGGCCGUCUCUCUCUUCCCUACCUGUUCCCCGACUUAGCUUCCUUUCACACUGUCGCUGACCUCAUUACCCACCUCCGCACUAGUGAGGCUCGCUUCCGCGCCGCUAUGUCUGAUGAGUUCCUCGCCACGGACCCACCCCCGCUCUGGAUCACUCUCUACCACCUAGUCACGCGCCUCCCUGACUCGCUGCGCUCAGUCAGGGACCACUUCCUCGCUCGCUGCCCCACCGAGCUCACCAUUGCCCUCCUCGAGAAGGAACUCCUUGCAGCCGAGACUAGCAUAGUCGCUAUAGGUGCCUCUCGCGGUGACCCCCGCACCCCGUUCUUUGAGGGGUGUUCUCCCUCCCCCCUUCUUCCCUCUGUCGCCUCUGCUGCUGCUGUCGACCUCCUUGGUGCUGAGAAGGUCGGGACUGCGUCUGCUUCGGGCGGACGCCGCAACGGCAAGGGCAAGGGGGGCAAGGGCGGUGGUGGUGACAGCGGGGGUGGCGGUGGUGGGGGAGGUGGUGGCGGGGGGAGUGGCGCGGGUGGGGGAGGUGGCAGCAGUGGUGGGGGUGGCGGCAGCGGCGGGGGAGGUGGCCGGGGCGGAGGAGGUAGUAGGGGUGGCGGUGGACGAGGCGGCGGCAGGGGUUGGGGUGGUCGAGGAGGUGGUGGCGGGAGUGGUGGGCGUGGCGGCACUGGCGGUGGCCAGGGACAGCAGUUCACUCCCUCGCCCCAGGAGGCCACUGAGCUGCCCCGCUGGGUUGAUCUCCUGAAGAAGGGGAUUGAUAUCUAUGCUCUAGAUUUUGAUGCUAUUCUCUUUGCCAUGUAUGUGAUGUCUACUAGUGGAGAGGGUUCUGAGUACCUGAGUGUCCCGCCCGACCCGGGCAUUAGGACGAGUGAUUCUGCUGCUCCAGGUACCCACGUGUCUGCUACCCCAGGUGCUGGUGAGGCUGCUGCUCUAGGUGCGUCCGUGUCUGCCCCCCCUGGUACUGUGUCGACUGCAGCACUGCACACCUUCACGCUGGAUUCAGGUGCCUCUCGCUGUUUCUUUCGUGACCGCACUGCCCUUGAGCCCCUUGCUCGGCCAGUUGCUGUCUCCCUUGCUGACCCCUCUGGGGGUCCGCUCAUUGCGACCUCCUCCACUGUCCUUCCCUGUCCUGCGGUCCCGUCGGGCACACUGUCAGGUCUCCACCUCCCCUCGUUCUCCACGAACUUGGUGGCAGGUUCUGCUCUCCAGGACGGGGGUGUUCACCAGUUCACCCCUACCUACGAGCGUGUGACACACUGCACGUGUGCUCGUACGGGCCGCCACUUGGCUACCUUCACCCGGCAGCCGGGGUCGGACCUGUACACACUGACUACUGCCUCCCCUCAUGUCGCUGCGUCUGCGUCUGCGUUUGCGUCUACGUCAGGUCAGCUGUCUGCCCCCUGCUGGUGUCGCUCUCUAGCGCACGAGACUGUCCUCUGGCACCACCGACUUGGCCACCCGUCUGUGCAGCGCCUUCGUGCCAUGCACUCCCAGUACCUUGUCUCUGGUCUUCCCAGGGUUCUCCCUCCUCUCCCACCCUCGCCUGCUCCUCCCUACCUUCCCUGUGUCGAGGGGCGGCAGCGCGCCGCUCCUCACUCCUCCUCGUUUCCCCCGACGACUGCUCCUUUGCAGACGCUCCACAUGGACGUGUGGGGCCCAGCCCGCGUCCGUGGUCAGGGUCAGGAGAGGUACUUCCUGAUCGUUGUUGACGACUACUCGCGCUACGCCACGGUCUUCCCCUUGCGCACAAAGGGUGAGGUCCCGGAUGUUUUGAUCCCUUGGAUCCGCAGAGCUCGUCUCCAGCUCAGCGAGCGUUUCUGCUCGGACUUUCCUGUCCUGCGCUUGCACUCUGACAGAGGUGGUGAGUUCUCCUCCAACCUCUUGGCAACCUACUGUGCUGAGCACGGCAUUGAGCAGUCGUUCACGCUUCCGGCCUCUCCACAGCAGAAUGGGGUUGCGGAGCGCCGCAUUGGCCUGGUCAUGGAGGUCGCUCGUACCUCCUUGAUCCAUGCGGCUGCCCCCCAUUUUUUGUGGCCGUUUGCGGUCCGGUACGCUGCGCAUCAGCUCAACCUCUGGCCCCGUGUCUCCUUGCCGGAGACCUCGCCCACACUGCUGUGGACGGGGGAGGUUGGCGAUGUGUCGCGUUUCCGGGUCUGGGGAUCUCGAGCUUUUGUUCGCGAUUCGUCUGCGGACAAGCUCUCCUCUCGUGCUGUUCCCUGCGUCUUCCUUGGCUUUGUUCCGGACGCGCCUGGUUGGCAAUUUUGCCACGCCACCUCGCGCUGGGUCUUGCCCUCUCAGGACGUCACUUUUGACGAGUCUGUCCCCUACUACCGCCUCUUCCCCUACCGCACUGCCCCGCUCCCACCCCCGCCUCUCUUCCUCACGCCAAGUGCUGCUGUCGUAGACCCCCUCCCCCCUCCGGGUGCCGCUCCCUCAGGUGUGUCUCAGGUAGACCCGGUCGAGCCUGUUGAGGUUGCUGUCGACUCUCGUCCUGCUGGGGGUGCUGAGCCUGGGGGUGCGGACGCUGGGGGUGCUGAGCCUGGGGGUGCGGACACUGGGGGUGCUGGGCCUAGGGCUGCGGACUCUGGGGGUGCUGAGCCUGGGGGUGCGGACUCUGGGGGUGCUGAGCCUGGGGGUGCGGACACUGGGGGUGCUGAGCCUGGGGGUGCUGUGCCUGGGGGUGCUGAGCCUGGGGGUGCGGUGACUGGGGGUGCUAAGCCUGGCGUACUGCAGCCUCCGGAGAGGUACCUCUGGGACCAGGCGCGCUACGGAGACUUGUGCUGGCACUUCUCCUUCUAG